CAUAAAAAGCAAGACAUGGCAAUACUUCCUCAAACCGUCCCAGGAAGGCAGACAUCCGCCAGACAUCGGCGCACAGAGACGGGCGGCAGGUCCCCACCACACCAUCUGCACACCUCAAACAUGCAGACCAACAUGAAGCUUUGGCUGGGAGUGUCGACAUUGGCAUUCUGCAUGCUGAUCUGUAUCGGAACGUUGGCCGAAGCCUAUCCUUCCAGACCCGAUAACCCCGGGGAAGGUGCUCCCGCAGAGGAUUUGGCCAAGUACUACUCCGCACUGAGGCACUACAUCAACCUCAUUACACGGCAGAGGUAUGGAAAAAGAUCCAGCCCUGAGGCCCUGAUGAUGACCGACCUCAUGCUGCGAGAAAAUGCAGGAAGUUUUCCUAAAUACAGGUAUGAUGAGCCUUCCAUGUGGUGAUGAAAGUCUACACUUUCUUUAAUGUGAACGUACAUUCCAGUUAACAUAUCAUUGCUAUGAAAAUGAAACAUUCUCACUGAUCCUAUAGAAGCCAAUGCAUGUUGCUAUUAUUUAAAUCUGUAGAACAUUUUUUUCCUGCAUCAUAAAUUGUAUAUAAAGUUUAUUUAAAUAAGUUACAUGUACAUUAUAUAUGUAAUGCAUUAUAAAGCUGAAAAAGAAAUUAUUCUUUGUAUGGUAAGGACAGGUUUGUGCUA